GGCUGCUGCAACAAUCUCAUAACUUGUACAUUUCAAGUCAACCAUUGACUUUAUUAUUAGUCCAUUAGCUACUAAACAAUAAUUAAGUAUCACUCAUGUCACUAUACUAUACCACCACUCUCAUUAUAUGUUUAAAGCUGUGGGCGUGGCUUGUGCCUAUUUUAACAAAGGGUUUGUAACAGAUAUUUAUAGCUUACCAUGAUGUGGAGACUCUGUAAAUUCAUAUAGUUUUGUGGCAGAAUCAUAUAGUUUCAACAAUCAGCUGCGAGUUCCACUCCGCCAUCGUCGACACCAGCUCCGCCACUCCCGAUCGAACCCUAAAAUUAUCUAGAGACAUGUAGAGGCAACCUUGAAAUUCAGAAUUAUUUCUUAACGGAAUUACCAAUUUGGCCUUCUAUGCCUAUUCAAAGGUCCACCAUGGAAGGGCACUUAUAAACCCCCAAGGCACCGAAGUAACACUACCACCCAUAAAAAACGGCACCAGUAAUGAUGAUGAAUAGGUAAUAUUUUAUUAAAAUUGAAUGAAACAUCAACUGGGCAGCCGGCAAAACUCUCAGUCACCCAUCAACACCCUUCUCUUCUUCCACUCUCAACCCCUUUAUAAAUCUCCCACCCCACACCACACAACUCCACUUCUGCAUCUCCUUAAUACAUCAUACAUCUACCCACUUUCUUUUUAUUCUCUCUUCUUUUCUCCCCAACCUCCAACAUGGAAAUAGACAUGGACCCAGACAUGGAUGUAAUCCACAACCUCCACUUCUCUCGACACACCACCCCCUCUUCCGACGACGACUACGGUUGCAACUGGAACCACUGGUCCCCCCUCGUCAACUGGGACGCCUUCACCGGAUCCCACGAUGACUUCCACAACCUUAUCGACUCUAUCGUCUCCGACGGUCCCGCCGAGUAUCCCAGCCCUGACGACCACGCCGCCAGUAACUCCCCCUCGGCCUCUAUAACGGAGCAAGACGACGAGGAUGAAGAAACAGCUGCCGCCGACGAUUCUAAGGGCCUAAGACUGGUCCAUCUGCUCAUGGCCGCCGCGGAGGCCCUCACCGGCACCACCAAGAGUCGCGAACUGGCUCGAGUGAUAUUGGUUCGGCUCAAGGAUUUGGUGUCCCACGCCUCGCACGGCUCCAACAUGGAGAGGCUCGCCGCCUACUUCACCGACGCACUCCGGGGCCUGCUAGAAGGCGCCGGGGGUGCGCACAAUCACAGCAAACAUCACUACAACAUCACAUAUGGGUCCCACCACCCCCGCGACGAUCAUCAUCAUCAUCAUCAUCAAAACGACACCCUCGCGGCGUUCCAACUGCUCCAGGACAUGUCUCCUUACGUCAAGUUCGGACACUUCACCGCCAACCAGGCCAUCCUCGAGACCGUGGCCCACGAGCGCCGAGUCCACAUCGUAGACUACGACAUCAUGGAAGGGGUCCAGUGGGCUUCUCUCAUGCAGGCCCUUGCCUCCGACAAAACAGGUCCACCGGGCCCACACCUCCGAAUCACAGCAUUGUCCCGAACCGGCACCGGACGCCGCUCCAUCACCACCGUGCAGGAGACCGGGAGGCGGUUGACGGCGUUCGCCGCAUCCCUUGGGCAGCCUUUCACGUUCCACCAGUGCAGGUUGGAUCCCGACGAAACGUUUAAACCUUCGUCUCUGAAGUUGGUUCGCGGAGAGGCUUUGGUUUUGAACUGCAUGUUAAACUUACCGCACCUGAGUUACCGCACGCCCGAUUCGAUUGCGUCGUUUUUGAGUGGAGCGAAAGAGUUGAAGCCGAGGCUGGUGACUUUGGUGGAGGAAGAGGUGGGGUCCAGUGUGGGAGGGUUCGUUGGAAGGUUCAUGGACUCGCUGCAUCACUAUUCGGCGGUGUUUGACUCGCUGGAGGCUGGGUUUCCGAUGCAGGGGCGGGCCAGGGCCCUUGUAGAGCGGGUUUUCUUAGGCCCAAGGAUAGUGGGGUCUCUGGCCCGGGUAUAUCGGACUGGUGAAGAGGUGGAGGAGAGAGGGUCGUGGGGGGAGUGGUUGGGUGCGGCAGGGUUGAGGGGAGUUCCGAUGAGCUUCGCCAAUCAUUGCCAAGCGAAGCUUCUAUUGGGUCUUUUCAACGACGGAUAUCGGGUAGAGGAGUUGGGGGCUAAUAAGUUGGUGUUGGAUUGGAAAUCUCGGCGCUUGCUUUCUGCCUCCCUCUGGACUUCUUCUUCUUCUUCUUCUGACUCUCAUUAAUUUAUUUCUUCCUAGGAAUUAAGCUAAUUAUUGGUUGUCUUUGAUAGUUAGAGAGAAGAAAUGAGUAAAAACAUCAAUUAUUUGCAUGACGCAAGUUUUCAUCUCCUUUGUAAUACAGAACUUACUCAGCAUACAACAAACUCAUCACAACUUCCAAACAUAUACAAUAUUUCGAUAAAAAAAAAACACAUUCUCUACCUCUUCUUUA